UUUUUCCCAGCCAGAGUCGAGGAGGGAGGGACUACUUUCACUGCUCUCCUGGACUCUCACACUUCAGCAGCAGCUCCCUAAGACUUCACACUACAUCAUCUGCCCUAACCCUGCAAUGUCCUCGCUCCGGCUGUUGCCUUUGUUGCACUCCCUCCUUCUCCUCCAUAUUCAUCUCUCCAACCAGUUAGAAGACAACAAGAUCCCUCCCAGUUUGUGCACUGGUCACCCCGGUAUCCCCGGCUCUCCUGGAGCCCAUGGCAGUCCGGGUCAGCCAGGGAGAGAUGGGAGGGACGGGAGAGAUGCUGCUUCUGGGGAGAAGGGACAGAAAGGGGACAUUGGAGACCCAGGUCAGACAGGAGUGCGAGGCCUGGCUGGGGACAGAGGUGACACUGGAGAAAAGGGGGAGAGGGGUCAGGCAGGACAGUGUGCAGUGGCCCCAAAAUCAGCCUUUACUGUUAAAGUCUCUGAGGGUCACGCUUUACCUCUCACUGUGGGCAAUGUGGUCCACUUUGACCAGGUCGUGAUCAAUGAACAGGGCGACUACAACACGGAGACGGGACGCUUCACCUGCAAAGUGCCAGGAGUUUACUACUUUGCAGUCCACGCCACAGUGUACCGAGCCAGCUUGCAGUUUGAUCUGAUGAAGAAUGCACACACUGUCGCAUCUUAUUUUCAGUUCUAUGGCAACUGGCCUAAACCGGCGUCUCUGUCGGGCGGCUCCCUGCUCCACCUCAUCCCUGGGGACCAGGUGUGGAUCCAGAUGGCUCUCUCGGAGUACAAUGGAUUGUACUCCAGCACAAAGACAGACAGCACCUUCACUGGCUUCCUGGUGUACUCAGACUGGAAAAACUCUGCUGUGUUUGCAUGACACGUGCCUAUGAACAAAACAAAGUCAUAUUCUACUUUGGGAAAUGACACAACCUGGCUUUUAUUUUCCUUUUUCAGUUUUCUAAUUGAAUAGUUCUGGAUAGGCAGUGACUUGGUACAUCUGUAUUUGUGUAAUAAGUAUAAAACACUCCAAACUUUGUUACUUUAACGGCAUAUGCCUUACUGGUGAAGUCUGAGGCAUAUGCGCUGUUUAUUCAGUGACUGUUCUUAAUCUGCAGCCUUGAAACUGCUGUAUCACUUCAAUCUUGUAACAGAUGUUUGACAAUGGCCUCCAGCCAAAAACAGCCUACAAGUUUAAACCGCUUUUAUGUUUUGUAUUGCACUCAGUAUCUGCACAACAAACAUAAAAAUCAUUGUGUUUCUAAAA